GUCCCCACCAAGUGAAGACAUACUCACUAGCAAGACACACACCAUGCUUUGAUAAAAUUCACCUUACAUUCUUGUCCAAAAAUUGCAAAAAAAAAAAACAAGGAAAAAUAUCAAAGCGUUUCUCAUUUCUUGCCACAAUGGCUGCAGCCACACUCUCCGUCCGGCCCAACCGUCUCACUCCCGUCUCCCCUAUCCCCAGGCCGCCGGUCCACCUCCCUAACCAAACCCACUCUUCUUUAAGACCCGCAAAGACCGAGCCGUGGAGAGCCGCAACAAUCGUCCACUUCCGGCGAGCAUUAGCCACUCGAGCUGGUUCACGAGCUGACGACUCGGCUCCGUUUGAGAUGUCUGUUGAGAACGCGCUCAAGCUCCUCGGAGUGUCCGAAAGUGCUUCUUUUGAUGAUAUUCUUCGCGCCAAGAAUUCGAUUGUUGCCUCUAUCAAGGAUGACCAGGAAGCUAUUGCCCAGGUUGAGGCUGCAUAUGACAUGUUGCUUAUGCGGAGCUUAACUCAACGCCGAGCAGGAAAAGUUGUGGAUAGAAGCAUUCGAUAUGCAGAUGUUAAACCUGUUAAUCCUCCCAGAAUGGGAUCAAUGCCUCAGUGGGUGCAGACAACUGCGAAGAAAUUACCUGUUUCAGUUGAAACACCAUCUACAGGUGAAUUGGGCAUACAAGCUGGAGUAUAUGGAGCUCUUAUGGUUCUGACUUAUGUAAAUGGAGCUUCUACAUCGACUGGGAUUCCUUAUGCUGGACCUGAUGUUCCUGGGCUUAUUUUAGCAAGUAGCUUUGGAGCUUCCCUAUAUUUCAUGACCAAAAAGAACGUGAAGCUAGGUAAGGCUACAGUAAUAACUAUAGGGGGGCUUGUUGCUGGUGCAGUGGUGGGAUCAGCUGUUGAAACCUGGUUGCAGGUAGACGUAGUCCCAUUUUUUGGAAUACACUCCCCAGCUACUGUAGUUAAUGAUGGCAGAGUGAAAUCAAACACAAAGUGAAGAGUGGAAUGGAGAAGACAAUUCUUGUGGUUCUUGUAGUUGUGUGUCUGAGAUUGCGUCAAAGGAAACCUGUUCGUGUCUUUGAAUUUUGCUGUCUUUAGCAGUCUCAAAUAAUACUUCUGCAGUGUCCAUAAGAGUAGUAACCUAUACUUUCUAGAACAAGGUACAGUGAUCGUCAGAACUGGUGCCAACUUUACAUGAGAUGCCGGCAUGAUACCCCUUUUGUAUUGAGUGCCUUUCAACAAAAUGUGAGCAGAAAUUGUGCUUUUGCCGGCAAAUUAUAAAUAAUAGAACAAGCCAUGUCCUUAUCUUAUGAA